GGCGCCAUUUUACUGCCCCCCCCGAACCUUCCCGCACAGUGUGUGCGCUCCAGCCGCCGCCGCUGCAGGGGUGGUAGAGGCGGAGGCGGCGGCGGCGGGGGGGGUGGAAGGAGGGAGAGCGGCCGCCGGUUUCCGUCCCCCUCGUUUCUUGCCUCGGCCCAGGCAACGCGUGGAGGGGAAGGGACGAGGUUCAGUUCUUUCCCCCCUCGCUUUCCCCUUUCGGGUGGCAGCACACGGGGUUGGGGGAUUGGGCACCACCGAGCCAGGCUGCUCCUACCUUCCUCCCUCUUCCUUCCUUCCUUCCUCCCCUGCACAUCUCAGCCUCCUCCUCCUCCUCCUUCUCCUCAUCAUCAUCAUCCAUCCGUGCCCGGGGGUGAGCUUUUUGCAUGAGCAGCACUGUGGCAAGCCCGAUGUCAACUAUUGCCUCUUCAAGCACUGGAAGAAAAUCGACAAGCUUUACACCUGAAUUGCAAAGUAUGAUGUUUUCCUUAGGAGAUGCUCGCAGGCCACUCCAUGAAACCGCAGUGCUGGUGGAAGACAUCGUCCACACUCAGCUGAUAAAUUUGUUGCAGCAAGCAGCUGAAGUUUCUCAGCUGAGAGGAGCUCGAGUCAUCUCUGCUGAAGAUCUCCUGUUCUUAAUGCGCAAAGAUAAGAAGAAGCUUAGAAGGCUGCUCAAAUACAUGUUUUUUAGAGACUACAAAUCUAAAAUCGUCAAAGGAAUAGAAGAAGAUGACCUCCUUGAAGACAAAUUCAACAGUAAUAACACCAACAAACGGCAGAAGCUUGCUCAAGACUUCCUCAACUCCAUUGACCAGACCGGAGAGCUCUUGGCCAUGUUUGAAGAUGAUGAGAUUGAUGAUGUCAAGCAAGAGCGGAUGGAGAGAGCAGAAAGACAAACACGAAUGAUGGACUCGGUCCAGUACGCAGAAUUUUGUGAAAGUCGGCAAUUGAGUUUUUCAAAGAAAGCAUCCAAGUUUCGUGACUGGUUGGACUGUAGCAGUAUGGAAAUAAAGCCAAAUGCAGUUGCAAUGGAGAUUUUGGCAUAUUUAGCAUAUGAGACUGUGGCACAGUUGGUGGACUUGGCCCUUUUGGUUAAGCAGGACAUGGCUCCCAAAGCUGGUGACCCAUUCAGUCAUGCCAUAUCUGCCACCUUCAUACAGUAUCACAACACUAAUGAGCAACAUCUCGUAGGGCAAUCUGCAAGUGUGAAGACCAAUCUUGACUCUCCUGAAAACACACCACCUCCUACACCCACACCCCCAGCUACAGCAGGACAGCAACACCUCGGGAAAACCCCAUCAGGAGCCCUGGGGAAUGGUGGCAUUGGACAGGACUCUACCAAAUCCAAACAAAGGAAAAGAAAAAAGAGCACUGCAGCCUGUGGUAUAGAGGCUCAAAGCGAUGCCAUCCAGCCCAGCCACAUCAGAGAGGCCAUUCGACGCUAUGGCCACAAGAUUGGCCCCCUUUCCCCAUUCACAAGUGCCUACCGCAGAAAUGGGAUGACUUUUCUCGCCUGCUAGCAUGGAUGUGGCUGCAGCAACAGGAAAGACACUGUUAUAUUAAGGUGAUUUGCUUUUCCCCUCCAUGGAA